GGGUAUCGUAUUAACAGGGAUUAAACUUCACCUUCUUUACACUGUAUUAUUUAAUUUAUUAUGGUCGUAUUACGAUAGCCAUCUUGGAUAUUCGAGUGGCUAAAUGUUUUAGUCUGUUUAUUGCUAUAUCUUGGUAAAUUACUUAUUUUACCUUAUCUUGUCGUAUGCAUGAUCAUGGUAUGACCCUGUGUCGUUAGAAUGAGGCCCUGAAAGCACUAUUAUGCAACGCGGAUAUCCUUUGAAGGUAAACCGUACGAUAACACUGUAACGUAAUAUUAUGCAUAUAGCGCUCUACGAGCAAUACUGUAUUUCUUGUAUGCUUUUACAUACUGCUAUUUUCGUAAGUUAUUUAAUACGGUGGCGCUGUGGCAAUUUUUCAACGUAUAAUGACAUCACUGAUAAAUUAAUUGAUACACUUUUACACAAACGUUUAUUACCAUUUUUAAUACUGAAAUUUUAUUUUAUUUAUCUGCCAAUCUAUAUUGUACUUGAAUUUUUUGCAAAAGUUUAUCGACUUAGAAAUAUAGAUAAUAACUAUAGAAACUUUUGAAGUUAUGGAUUUGUUGAUAUAAAUAGGACCACGUACAGAGAAAGUUACUGAUCGAACUGGUCUACCUUUUCCAUAAUCGCUAAAUGAUCUGUUUUGUUACUUAUGCGCGUGUCGUAGAGAUGGCAGCAGGGUUGUAGCGAUCGACGCGACACCAUAAAAAAAGAUCAGCUCGCCAGGAUUUUCUGAAAUCAGUGUUACGUUCAAUUGUGUUGUUGUUUGUAUUGACACUGGAAAACAGUUACGUUAUUGGAUUUUUAAGAUUUUUAUUGGCACGCGAUGGCUGUUAAAGAGAAACAAUCAGAAUCAGUUGAGGAGAUUGAAUGGAAUGUGGAAAAUGAAAUACAGCUUUUCUUUGCUAUGAACGGCCAUAAGCCUGUUGGUAAGAAUUUAUGAGACGUAUUAUGUAUACUUUUGAAGGAGUAAACAAGUACUUUCACAUGGUUUGCAUUUGGGAAAAGUUUCGUGCAGCUAUUCAUAAAGACGUGUCUCUAAAGAUUAUUUGGGAUCAUUUAGAAUCUAUGUACGAUCUAAUGGCUUUGGAUGACACAGAGGAUCUGCCUUUUCCUAGUAACGAAAUUGACUUUAAUCUUCCUGAAUCAGAGUUCUCCAUGCUAAUGAAGUCUCGAAAGAAGGACGAAUCAGAGGUUAAAAUAAAAGAUUCAAAGAUUCAUAAAGAAAUAAAAAAAGAUAAAGAUGGAAAAGAUACUGUUAAAAAAGAUGUACAACCAAGAGACUCGAAAGGAGGUAAAGAAAUUGAGAAAAAGAAAGAGGAUAUUAAAAAAUUUAUCAAAGAGACAGAGGUUAAAAAAGAGAAACUUCGUGAAACAAAGGACAUGAAAAAAGAACAUAAAUCUUCAAAAGGACGACCAAAAUCAAAGGAUGACACAGAGGAUCUAGUGACAGCAAAAAAGGAACGUAAGGAUUCUGACUCCAGUCGCGAAGGACCAAAGAGAGGCCCAAAACGGCCAACAAGACAAAGUAUAGACAACACAUCAAAAGCUUCGUCAAGUCCUCGAGAUACUCCACCUCCUAAGCGUCGUAGGAUAUAACUCAGCAAGAUGCAAUAUUGUAUCAGUUUCCCUUUAAGGUUAUGAAGAAAUUGAUGGUGUUACAACUUGUUCAACAUUAGAUAAACAUUGCUUUAAGUUUCCUGCCAUACUGCAAAAGUAUUUGUGUAAUGCACCAUUAUUAUACGACUGGGCAUUUUGCAUAUUACAUUUUUAUACUUGAAUGAGAUUCUAAGCAAAAAUAUGUAAAUAAAUUACUAUGCUUUUUUACAAA